AUGGCCUCCCACAAGCUGUGCAUGAUCCCUGGUCCCAUCGAGUUCCACGAGGAUGUCCUUCAGGCCAUGGCCACCCCCGCCACCUCCCACGUCGCCCCCAACUUCAUCCCCGCCCUCGGCGAGUCCAUCGAGCUCCUCCGCCAGAUCCUCUUCACCUCCGGACAGCCUUUCAUCAUUGCCGGAUCCGGUACCCUUGGAUGGGACAUGACCGCCUCUAACUUGGUUGAGGCUGGCGAGGAUGUCCUCGUUUGCAACUCGGGAUACUUUGGCGACCGCUUCGGCGAGUGCUUGGAGACUUAUGGAGCCAAGGUCACCCACCUCCGUGUCCCCAUUGGCGAGUCCCCCAAGCUGGAUGACGUCGCUGCUGCCCUGAAGACCAAAAAGUUCAAGGCUAUCACUAUCACUCACGUCGACACCUCCACCGGUGUUCUCGCCGACAUCAAGGGAAUUGCCGAUGUUGUCCGCAGGGAGUCCCCCGAGACCCUCGUCGUCGUUGACGGUGUCUGCUCGGUCGGUUCGGAGGAGAUCCGCAUGGAUGCCUGGGGUAUCGACGUUGUCGUCACUGCCUCCCAGAAGGCCCUCGGUGCCCCCCCUGGUCUCUGCGUCAUGGGUGUCUCUGAGCGUGCCAUCGGUGUCUUCAAGAACCGCAAGACCCCUGUCCCCAACUACUACGCCAACUGGAACCGCUGGUUGCCUAUCAUGAACGCCUACGAGGCUCGCAAGCCCUCGUACUUUGCCACCCCCGCUGUCCAGAACAUCUUUGCCCUCAACGUCUCGUUGAAGCAAAUCGUUGCCCAGGGUAUCGAGCAGCGUUUCGCUGUUCACAAGGAGGCCUCUGCCAAGGCCAAGAAGUUCAUCCACGAUUUGGGCCUGGAGCUCGUCCCUACCUCGUUGGAGCACGCUGCCAACGGUAUGUCGGCUGUCUACUAUCCCGAGGGCGUUGCUGCUACUGAUCUGUUGCCCAAGUUGGCUGCCCACGGCAUUGUUGCUGCUGGUGGUCUCCAUGCCGAUAUUGCGCCCAAGUACUUCCGUAUCGGCCACAUGGGUAUCUCUGUCACUGAGCCCGAGCGUGGCCACCUCGAUGCUACCUUGAACGCCCUCAAGGCGUCGUUGGCCGAGUGCGGUUACAAAGGUGCCUUGUAA